UAAGGAGGCCGUGGGGAGGCCUGGCCUCAACCCAAAUCCCCAGUACCCCUCCUUCCCCCAGCUCCGGGACUCCCGUUCUACCAAAAACUCCGAGGCUCCCGGACUCCAAUGGCAACGGCGGCCACCGCAUCGGCCAGCAGAUUCGCCGCCGCUGCCGGCGCCCUCUAUGGAUUCCGGUGGCGGACCUCUCCUCUGACGCACCGCGCGUUCUUUCCCAAGCCGCGGUCCGCUGCCUCCCUCCGGUCCCGGCGGCACUUCCUCGCCCCCGCCGCCCUCCACAGGCACGACGUACAGAUCCAGGAAGAAGGCCAGCCCGAGACCCUCGACUACCGAGUCUUCUUCCUCGAUGGCUCCGGGAAAAAGAUCUCGCCUUGGCACGACGUCCCGUUGCAAUUGGGCGAUGGUGUUUUCAACGUUAUCGUCGAGAUCCCCAAGGACACCAGCGCCAAGAUGGAGGUGGCCACCGACGAGCCCCACACUCCAAUAAAGCAGGACAUCAAGAAGGGGAAGCUGCGAUACUAUCCGUACAACAUUAACUGGAAUUAUGGAUUGCUUCCACAAACAUGGGAAGACCCAUCUUUUGCCAACUCAGAAGUCGAAGGAGCACUUGGCGAUAAUGAUCCAGUUGAUGUUGUCGAGAUAGGUGAAAGACGGGCUAAGAUUGGUGAUGUUCUCAAAGUAAAGCCCUUAGCAGCUUUGGCCAUGAUUGAUGAAGGGGAGCUUGACUGGAAAAUAGUUGCCAUUUCAUUGGAUGAUCCUAGAGCUUCUCUUGUAAAUGAUGUCAAUGAUGUUGAAAAGCACUUCCCGGGCACUCUUAUGGCUAUAAGGGACUGGUUUAGAGACUACAAGAUACCAGAUGGAAAGCCUGCCAAUAAGUUUGGACUUGGAAACAAAGCAGCCAACAAGGAUUAUGCUCUGAAGGUUAUCACGGAGACGAACGAGGCAUGGGCUCAAUUAGUUAAAAGGUCGGUACCUGCUGGAGAGCUUUCAUUAUUGUGAGUACUCCUCUGAAAUUGGCAAUAAACACUGGAAUUGGCAAAAAAGGCUGUCAGAUUUUCUCAUAAUUUGCUAAGCAUUUGACAUAUCCAUGUGUUAAUUUUGAUUCUGAAACUUAAAAAAGUUUAUGAUGUGAUUGGAUUGUCUGGUUCUAAUAGUUAUGGAAGUAUGAUUACACAAUCACCUUUUUCUUGGUCUGAUGACUUUUCAGAAGUUGAAGACCAUGGUAAUAUUACAAUUCCUAUUUUCUAA